AGUGUUCAGAGAGGAUGAUGCCAACUGCCAUUGAUGUCAAUGAACAGGUCACUUGUAUCUGCACAUUAAUUGAACAAUGACAUAAUUCUUAUACAAAUUCUCUGCUGGAAACAUUCAUGAAGGAUUGCGCAAAAGUGUUCUCCCCGAGACCAAUAAGUGAGAAACACUCAUUGAAAUUAUAUACAGAAUGGCCUCCAAAACAACUCUUCUUCACUCCAAUUCCCAAAUCUUAACAACAGUGGACAUUGUCUUCUACACCAUCAUUGUUCUCCUUGGCACCACUGGGAAUUCUUUGGUGAUCUGGGUGGCUGGCUUCCGUAUGAAGCCCAGUGUCAGCAAUGUAUGGCUGGUCAACCUAUCUGUGGCUGACCUGAUCUUCUGCUUAACUCGAAUCACUUCACUCAUCAAAAAAAUCUUCUUUGACUACUGGCCUUUUGGAGAGUUUCUCUGCAAGUUCAAUGGCUUCUUCAAGUAUGCCAACAUGUUCUGCAGUGUCUUCCUUCUGGCUGUCAUCAGUGUGGAUCGAAUGCUCUGUGUUUGGCGUCCAGUGUUCACCAGAGAAAGACGAACAUUGUGUGCUGCCCGUGUGGUCAGUUUAGGGGUUUGGAUUGUGGCGGUUAUCUUCAGUUCACCAUACUUUGUGUACCGGCGGGUUUACUCUAAGAACAACUUGAGUCAAUGUUCACUGAAGGAGAAAGGAGCUGCAGAGGGCAAUUCAGCAAAGUACGUCUACUACUACAUACGCUUCAUAUGUGGAUUCCUGGUGCCAUUCCUCGUCAUUCUUUGCUGCUACAUACUAGCUGCUAUUGGUAUUCGUAGAACACGGUUCUCUGGAAAAUCAAGGCCUCUUCGAAUCCUUGCCUUAUUGGUCUGUGCCUUUUUCCUUUGCUGGGCCCCCUACCAUUGCCUUGGGCUUGUCAAGUUUGUGAAUAAAGACAGUCCAGCAGUAAAAGUAGGCUGGGAUAUGGUAUCAAAAUUAGCCUAUUUCAACAGCUGUGUGAACCCAGUGCUGUACUUUUGCACAGGACUGGAUAUUAGGCAUCGCUGCAACCAAAGCCUGUCCGGGAUUUAUCAAAGAGCACUCAUGGAGGAAGGUCAUACUGUGCAUUCCCAGGAAGGCACAUUGGAAGAAAGCUGGAAUUCCAUUCCAAAGACUAUAGGCACAGUGUAUUCUAGAUCUGAGUGCAUAACUAAAGUUUAGAAGAGUUUUGAGUGAGGGAAAUUUGUUAUGUGUUCUUGUCAGAUACAUCAGCUAACUCUGCACAAUUUUCAUUCAUAUCUAACAGAAUUAGUUUUUGAUGUUGCUAUCAUUUCCUUCAGAGUUUUCAGAAGAGAUUGUCACAGAAAUGUCUCUUAUUGGAUACAUUAUGUCCUGUAGUCUGUUGUUUGAAAUUCUGAAAAUUCUGGGGGGAAUUAUUGCCUUUAUAAAUAUAUAUAUAUAUAUAUAUAUUUUUAUUACAUAUUUUAAAUGUGCGCACACUUAUUACAGCUGAAUAUUUGACUCACAUACACAAGAAUGACGUAAAUAUUAAGCUGAUGUCUUGCUGUUAUUGUCUUGUUUUGGAUGGAUGAGCUGUAUGACUGGCUAUUCACUUCUCUAAUAAAUGAAGUGUAUUCCAUCUAAUCAUGUCAUUAACAGAACAUUUUCUUCAUUAUUUUGUUUAUAUACAGUACAUAUUGCGUUGGCACGUUUAAGGAAUAGUUCACCCAAAAAUGAAAAUUCUCACAUCAUUUGCUGACCCACAUGCCAUCCAGAUGUGUUUGACAUUCUUUUUUCUGCUGAACACAAACAAAGAUUUUUAGAAGAAUAUCUAAUUAAUUAUAAUAAUUAAUAAUAAUAAUUUCCUUUAUUUAUCACACAUUAUACAUUUUGCACAUAUACAGUGAAAUUCUUCUUUUUCACAUAUCCCAGCUAGGCUGGGGUCAGAGUGCAGGGUCAGCCAUGAUACGGUGCCCCUGGAGCAGAUAGGGUUAAGGGCCUUGCUCAAGGGCCCAACAGUGGCAUCUUGGCGGUGCUGGGGCUUGAACCCCCAACCUUCUGAUCAGUAACCCAGAGCCUUAACUGCUGAGCUACCACUGCCCUAUCUCAGCUCUGUAGGUCCAUACGUGCAAGUCAACAGGGUCCAAAACUUUGAAGCUCAAAAAGCACAUAAAGUUAGAUGUAAAAGUAAUCCAUAUGAUCUCAAACCAAGUCUUUAGAAGCAAUAUGACAAGUGUGGAUGAGAAACAGAUCAAUAUUUAAGUCCCUUUUUUCCCAUAAAUCUCAAAUUUCACUUUUACAUUCUUCUUCUUUUGUUUUUGGUGAUUCACAUUCUUCAUGCAUAUCACCACCUACUGGACAGGGUGGAGAAUUUAUAAUAAAAAAGGACUUAAAUAUUGAUAUGUUUCUGACCCACACCUAUCUUAUUGCUUCUGAACAUUAUAGAUUUAGACCCUGGAGUUAUAUUGAUUAUUUUAUGCUGACUUUAUGUGCUUUUUGCAGCUUCAAAAUCUGCAUUGUGAAGACCAACAGAGCUGAAAUAUUCUUCUUAAAAUAUUUGUUUGUGUUCUGCAGAAGAAAGAAAGUCACACACAUCUGGGAUGGCAUGAUCGAGAGUAAAUGAUGAGAGAAUUUUCAUUUUUGAGUGAACUAUUCCUUUAAUGCAUCUCAAGCACAUAGCAUUUAAUUUCAUGGGUGUUUUACCAUGACUGCAAUUAAAUUAAAUGAUAUCACCAAGUUUUUUAUAUAGAGUGAAGGUUAUAGCCUUAAACCAUUUCGUAAGGUAUCGGGUGCUGAUAAAGUAUCUGGUCCUGCUUUAGCAUAUGGCCUUCUUCGAGAAAAAAAAAAACCUGAAGAGGAAAUGAAUUGCAUGUGUCAUCACAGUAUUGAAAGCCACUUCAUUUUUCACUGGGUAAAAUUAUCUAUUUCAAGAAUUCACCUUAGCUUAAUCAUAUGAUUUAAAAACACAUUGAAAGUGAAUCCUGUGGAAAUAAGUUUUCAAUUAAUUUCUUAGUCAUCAUCUCUGACUUAUGAAACUAAAGAACUGCAAAUUAACAGAACAUAUUUACUUUAACAAACACAUACAGUGUUUUUUAUUGCUGACUUCAUAAUUAUGCAACUGUAAACCACAACUUGUAAAGGUCUCGCUAUGAAGAAAAUUAACUAACAUUUGCAGCGAGGCUUUGACACUAGAUGUAGAACCAUAUUGCAAAAGAGUAAGGUGAACAGAAGGUCUAAAAUGUGAUAAAUAGGAAUGCUAAGAUAAUACUGUAUAAUACUGUAUUGCUCAGAGGUCAGAAUCCUGUACAGUAAAUUGUCUGAUUUGAUGUGGACUUUUGUUGAAAACAUUAUGAAAAUUAAAAAAAGAAACACUUUGGAUAAUUAGGUAUUAGAAUGUUUUACUGCAUUUUAAGGCUAUUUAAAUAUUAAUAAUUCAGUGUAUUUUUGCAGCGAAUCGUCAUAAAGCUUUAAACUGUAAACAUCAAUUAUUUCUUUUCAUCUUGUAUUAAAAGGUUUUUCUAGACAUACAAUUUUUCAUCUGCAGUUUUUAUCAUAAAGUUACCUUGUUUAAUACAGUCCACCAUCAAAGCAGUGUGAUCGUCUUAGCAAAACUAUUUGCCUUUCAGUUAUUUAUACACAGUGAUUCUCGUAGUUCACAUGGCAAAUCAGUAUUUAAAUUAAUUAAUUAAUAGCCUAUUCAUUUAUCCAUUCAGCUAAUCUAAAAGAGAAAAAGGUUGAAUGAGAAUAUUUUUCUGCAUUAUUAUACCUCACCACUAUGCAGCACAAUUAAGCGAGUCAAACUUCCAGAUAUUAAGGGCAAUGCCAAUUUCUCAAAUCCUUCAGUUU